AUGGAAUUGGUCAACUGGUCUCUCAACGCAAUUGACAGAAUUUUCUCGACGAGAAGCUUGGGUUCGGGGGAACCUGUCUGUCCUGAUGGAACGUUCGCCGCUGGCUACACGAUGGACUCGUGGGAGAGGUGGAGGGUCGUGUGCCUGGCGAUUCUUUCCGUUGAGGACAUCGAGGAUGUCUACAUAUUCGGAACCAUGAUAACAGGCUAUCUGCUGAUUGGAAUAGGCAUUGCCCUGGUGUAUCGGGAAAUUCGGGGGUCGGUGUCAGCAGUGAAAAUCUCCACGAAGCUGCCCGACAUGAUUGAGGGAGUGGGCAGAGCUGUUAGCACUCAGACUGCAAUUAUGAACCGCAACAACAUGGAAAACAUGGACAGAGCUAUUAGUGCUCAGAAUGUGGUCAUAGAUCGCAAGAUGGGAAUUAUCUUGGAGAAGCUUUCGGCUUUGCGUGGGCAAAGGGAUCGAUUUGAUCGAUUUGAAGACCAGAAUGGACAAAUAGACGGGAAAGUCCAACGCUAUUUCCGGGAGUUGGAAGAGAGGGAGAGAGAGUGGAGCCGUGAGGACCGGGCAGGAAGCAGAAAUGAAGACUCACGCAGAUCUGUAUGGAGGAUCAGUUCUUACUGUGUUCAGUCUGGAUCUGCACUGAGGGACUGUGUAUCAUCAUAUUCCUCUUCCUCCAUCCUGGAGCUCACCUGCUCAGACUCUGUCAGGCUGGUGAAUGGGACUAGUCUGUGUUCAGGCAGACUGGAGGUGAAGUCUGAGCAGUCGUGGUCCUCAGUGUGUGAAGCUGACUUUGACCAGCAGGAUGCAGAGGUGGUCUGUAGGGAGCUUGACUGUGGGACUCCUUCAGUCCUCCAGGGGGCGCUCUAUGGAGAAGUGGAGGCUCCAAUGUGGACCAAAGAGUUCCAGUGUGGAGGCCAUGAGUCUGCUCUCCUGGACUGUAGAAGAUCAGACUCAGCUAGAAGAACCUGCUCACCUGGUAAAGCUGUUGGACUCACCUGCUCACCAGAGCCUGUCAGGUUGGUGGGAGGAGCUAGUCGCUGUGCAGGUACACUGGAGGUGAAACGGGGAGAGUGGAGACCAGUGACUGACUAUGACUGGACCCUGAGUAACUCUGGCUGGACCCUGAAGGAAGCAGAUGUAAUAUGUAGAUAUUUGGACUGUGGCUCUGCUGUUACAACAGGAAGCAGAAAUGAAGAUUCAUACAGAUAUGUAUGGUGGAUCAGUUCUUACUGUCUUCAGUCUGGAUCUGCACUGAGGGACUGUGUAUCAUCAUAUUCCUCUUCCUCCAUCGUGGAGCUCACCUGUUCAGGUAAGUCCAUCAUGAUGCAGAUCUGUGUUGUCAUGUCUCUCCAGGCCAGCAGGGGGCAGAAGUCAGACCCACAGGAGAACAUUGAGCUGGAUUAUAUUAACCUGGGUGUUUCCAGAGCUGAAGGAGAGCCGGCUGAAGAGGAAGGAGCUCAAGGAGCAGAGUAG